UCCAGAUACGACAUACAUGCCGCUAUGCUGGCAAGUGGCAUGUGCGCGCAUCUGGCAUUUAUUACCGUAGUCGUACACAGCUUCACAUCUCGUACCUAAUCUCUGCUGGUGUCCGUUGUCGAUCACCUUUGCCAGAAAAUGGACAAAAAACCCACCGCAGGUGAACCGAUUCCAAUUUCUACACAAAAGUGCCUCUCGGCUUCGCACGAUCCUGGGUGGAAUGAUCCGCCGAAAUGGGCUUAUUCUCAGUCCCCCACUACGUCUUCCAGUCCGUCGAAAAGAAUUUUGAAUAAAAGAGUAGCCUUUCCACUGGGUUCCGCUCCGCCGACGUCCAGUUUUGACCCCAAUCAGCCACUAAAUCCUCCGCCGGCAAACCUUCCUCCCCCUCCUUUAAUUGCGAGAAGAUGGAGCACAGAACCGCCUCUGACGACUGUGGCACGUUUUACUGGAAUCGACAAAGAGCAGGCCUUAACCGAUUCGCUGAACAACUUUGAGGAGGUGAUAAAUGAGAAUGAGGAACUUAAACGCGAGGGAGAUGAAGUUAGGCGGAGAUUGAACCUCAUGAAAACUGCCUGGGUGGAAGAUAAACUUGGCGAAAGUAUUCGGCAGAGUGUUCUCGAACUAUCCAAUGCAUUGAGAAAAAAAGACGUCGAUACUGCAGACAAAAUUCACGUGUCCUUGAUGAUGGAUCACACGGCGCUGUGCAGUUCGUGGAUUCCGGGAAUCAGACACAUGAUAUUGGCCGAGCGGGAAAAACACCUCAAACGCAAGCAAUCGGCGGACGAUAAUUCGAGCCCUCUUCUAUUCCCUUGUGAAAUCGGGCCUAGCACGCAAUCGACGCAAUGAACAUUUUAACCAAAUAGAACGUUGAAAACCGCAUAUGUGUGCAUAUGAUGUAUGCAUAUUACCGUUAUUUUAGGGCGAAUUUACCACUGACGAAGUAUUGAUUUCCGACGGCAAGAUCAUUUUACUUAUUCCUUAAACUAUAGUUACAAGAUGUAUUAAACGCGCAUGGCGCACCAAGACUGUGAUUUGGUAGAAUUCGAGGUGAUUAUCAUUUGAAUAUCAGUAAAUGUACAAUACCAUAAAUUGAA